UGGUUGCCACUUGUCCAACAGCGUUUGAAUGCAGCGUGUCACGUGACAGCGUCUGACAGCUCAGAGGAGGAACACCAACAUGGCGGUGUGCAUAGCAGUGAUCGCAAAGGAGAACUACCCGCUGUAUAUCCGCAGUUUGCCCACUCAAAAUGAGCUGAAGUUCCACUAUACCGUGCACACUUCCCUGGAUGUGGUGGAGGAGAAGAUCUCCGCAGUGGGCAAGUCUUUAGGAGACCAGAGGGAGCUGUACCUCGGUCUGCUCUACCCCACUGAAGACUAUAAAGUAUAUGGCUAUGUAACCAACUCAAAGGUGAAAUUUGUCAUUGUUGUGGACUCGUCAAACACAUCGUUACGGGACAAUGAAAUUAGAAGUAUGUUCAGAAAGUUACACAACUCUUUUACUGAUGUAAUGUGCAACCCAUUCCACAAUCCUGGAGACACCAUUCAGUCCAAGACCUUUGAUGGCAUCGUAUCUGGAAUGAUGGUGCAAUCUGGCUGACAUCGCUUCUGCUCCUUCUUCUGAGCCUCCACUGUACAGAAACCCCUAAUCCAAUCAUUUACAUGUUGCCUUGAUUAAUGAACCGCAUAAGUAAUAAAGCUACAUUGUUACUGCACACAAUGGAUCAGCAAA